ACUAGAUGUCUACUCCUUCAAAGCUAUUAAAAGCCACACCAGAAUUUUUUUUUCCAAACACACAUUUAUAGCAAUGACGGUAUUGUCUAAAUCGGUCGAAGAAGCAAAAUACAGGUUUUCUCCAAUCCCGGUUAUAGAUAUCUCUGACCCAGAGUCCAAACACGCUUUGGUAAAAGCCUGUGAAGAUUUUGGGUUCUUCAAGGUGAUCAACCAUGCCGUUCCCUCGGAGCUAGUCUCUGUUUUGGAACACGAGGCCGUGGAGUUCUUCACAUUGCCAACGUCUGACAAAACCCAAGUCGCAGGUUAUCCCUUUGGAUACGGGAGCAGAAAGAUUGGUCGGAAUGGUGACGUUGGUUGGGUUGAGUACCUGUUGAUGAAUGUCAAUCUUGACAUCGGUUCGGAUCUAUUCCUUCCGGGUCACUUGAAUAACCGGGAAACUAUAAGGAACGCAGUGUUGGAGUACACAACAUCAGUGAGGAAAAUGACAUGUGAUGUUUUGGAGAUGAUUACUGAUGGGUUAGGGAUCAAACCAACGAACACACUUAGCAAGCUUGUCUCUGAUCAAAACAGUGACUCGAUAUUCAGACUUAAUCAUUAUCCACCAUGCCCUCUCAUCAACGAAAAUAUCGAUGGUGGCAACAAUGUGAUAGGUUUUGGAGAACACACUGAUCCUCAAAUCUUAUCUGUCUUAUGGUCUAACAACACUUCUGGUUUACAAAUCAAUCUAACUAAUGGCUCAUGGAUUUCUGUUCCUUCUGAUCCAUCCUCCUUCUUCUUCAACGUUGGCGACUCUCUCCAGGUGUUGACAAAUGGGAGGUUCAAGAGCGUGAAGCAUAGGGUUUUAACAAACAGCAUGAAAUCUAGGGUUUCUAUGAUUUACUUUGCUGGACCUUUGUUGACUCAGAGAAUAUUUCCAUUGACUUGUCUUAUGAACAAUGAAGAAGAGAGUUUGUACGAAGAGUUCACUUGGUCUGAGUAUAAAAAAUCUGCCUACAACUCUAGAUUGUCUGAUAAUCGGCUUCAGCCAUUUGAAAGGAAAGCUGUUUCCGUUGAAUGAUUGAUAGGUUAUGUUCGUGAAUUUGUUGUUCUAAGGGUGCCAUAUAUGUGUAUGUUUUAAGUUAAUGUUAAUCUAAUAACUGAAAACAUGUUAGUAA